AAUUAUAUUAUGGUUUUGGAUUAUGCAAAAAGUGGAAGUUUACGACAUUAUUUAGUUACAAAUGAUAAAUUAAGUUUGACUGAUAAGAUUAAUUAUUUAUAUGGUAUUGCAAGCGGACUUGCAGAUAUUCAUAAAAAUGGAUUAAUUCAUCGAGAUUUACAUAGUGGCAAUAUAUUAAUAUUUCAUCUAGCUAGAAUAGCUGACAUGGGGUUAUGCAAACCUACAGAUUGCAAUAUAGCAGGAAAUACAAAAAAUAGUGUAUAUGGUAUUUUACCUUAUAUAGCUCCUGAAAUCCUACAAGAGCAUAAUUAUACCGAUAUUGCUGAUAUAUAUAGUCUUGGUAUAAUCAUGUAUGAAUUUAUUUCUGGAUUACCUCCAUACUAUAAUUUAAGCCAUGAUGAAUAUUUAGCAAUGAAGAUUUGUCAAGGACUCAGACCAAGGUUCAAUGAUAUUAAAGUACCCCAAUUAAUUGUGCGUUUAAUUAAAAGAUGUUUAGAUGCAAGCCCAUUAAAGCGACCAACAGCAAAAGAAAUUAAAGAAAUUUUAUAUAAAUGGAAUAUAGAAGCAAAAUAUCAUAAUACAGAAUUAUAUAAACAAAUUAAAGAAGCAAAUGAAUUUAAUAAUAAUUUACAAACUAAUGAUAUACCUUCGACCGGUUUAAAAUUAUCAUAUAAAACACAUUCAGGAGCUGUUUACACAAGUAGAUUACUCAAUUUUUAUAAUCUUCCAAAAUCAAAAAAUUGUGACGAUUAUUAUGAUGAACAAAAUGAUGAUAUAAUUAGCAUGAAAUCUUCAGUGUCUUUACAAAUUGAUAUUCCUCGACUGAAAAUUAACGAUAAUAAUCUUCAUGAACCAAAAAAUUCUAAUAUCCAUUAUGAUGAUAUAAUUAGUACGGAAUUUCCAGAAUCCCUUCAAAUUGAUAUUUCUCGACCAAAUCUUCCCGAAACAAAAAAUUCUGAUGAUCAUUAUAAACAUAUAAAUAAUUUGGAAUCCUCAGCGUCUAUAUCUUUACAAAUUGAUAUUUCUCAAUUGAACAUUGACGAAGAUGAUCAAAAUAGCAAAAACAAAGACCAAAAUAUUCUUUAAUAUUUUGUUACGGUGAAUUUUGCAUAUUUUCAAGGAAAUUUUUUUCUUUCAUUUAAUUUUCCAACGCUAGCAU